GAGAGAGAGAGAGAGAAGCAAAAUAAAAUAAUUAAAAAAAUGGCGGAAAAAAGCAAGAUUCUGAUAAUCGGCGGAACGGGGUAUAUCGGUAAAUUCGUAGUGGAAGCCAGCGCAAAAUCCGGUCACCCAACAUUUGCUCUGUUCAGAGAGAGCACAAUCGCCGAUCCGGUCAAAGGCAAAAUCGUCGAGGGUUUCAAAAACUCCGGUGUCACCAUUCUCACUGGUGAUUUGUACGAUCACGAGAGCUUGGUGAAGGCGAUAAAGCAGGUGGAUGUUGUUAUAUCUACAGUUGGCAGCUUUCAAUUGGCUGAUCAAGACAAGAUUAUUGCUGCAAUUAAGGAAUCUGGAAAUAUUAAGAGGUUUUUUCCUUCGGAAUUCGGAAACGAUGUGGAUCGAACCCGAGCCGUCGAACCAGCAAAGUCAACAUUCGAUAUAAAGGUCAAAAUCCGAAGAGCUAUCGAGGCAGAGGGCAUCCCAUACACCUAUGUAUCGUCCAACUAUUUUGCCGGAUAUUCGCUGCCGUCAUUCGCCCAACCGGGCUUCGCCACCUCUCCUCCAAGAGACAAAGUAAUUAUCCUCGGAGAUGGAAAUCCUAAAGCUGUAUUCAAUCACGAGCAAGAUAUCGGAACAUACACCAUCAAAGCUGUGGAUGAUCCAAGAACAUUGAACAAGAUCCUCUACAUUAAGCCCCCUAAGAAUACGUACUCGUUCAACGAACUCGUUUCUUUAUGGGAGAAAAAAAUCGGGAAGACUCUCGAGAAAGAGUACGUUUCGGAGGAACAACUCUUGAAGCAAAUCGAAGAAUCGCCAAUUCCGGUGAAUAUCAUACUUGCAAUCAACCACUCGAUUUUCGUGAAGGGCGACCAAACCUACUUUGAAAUCGAGCCUUCGUUCGGGGUGGAAGCUUCCGAGCUCUAUCCCGAUGUCGAAUAUACGACUGUGGAGAAGUAUCUCGAUCAAUUUGUGUAAUAAUUUGUAUCGUGCAUGGAUUUAAGAACUUUGUUGUGCAUUUCUUUUCUUAAAUGUGAGAACUUUGUUGUGUUGUUGUGGUUGUUUGAUGAUAUAUCUCAGCAGUGUAAUCAAGUAUUUGAAAGCUUUUCUGUUUUAAAAUAAAAGUUUUUUAAAGCUUUAAAAUAA